UAUCAGUUAGUUGAAAUGCCGGCGCCGACGGGGCAAGACGCGAGUGUUAACGAUAGUGACGUGCAUGUCAUCGAUAUCGACUCGGAUGUCGAUCAAAUUAUAGCGACUAUCGAUAGUGCGGAUAUACCAGUGAUACAUAUUGAUAAAACGAAGCCAGCGAACAUGAAUGGAGAUGGAAUAGGAAAUCAGAAGCCCAAAGCGGUUGAUGUCGCGGAGGCUGUUCAAAAAGCUCGCGACACUUUCAACCGCGGUGUCACCCGCCCAAUAGAAUGGCGUCGUCAACAGCUGAAGAACCUGCUCAGGAUGUACGAGGAGAACAAGAGCGCCAUGAUCGAGGCCCUCCGCAAGGAUCUGAGGAGGAGCAAGAUGGAGGCCGUGCUCCUGGAGGUCGACUACCUCAUCAAUGAUAUUAAGAGCCUGUUGCACCACUUGGAUGAGUGGUCCAAGCCAGAGAAGCCAGAAAAAGGCUUCGUGAACAUGCUUGACGAGGUCGUGAUCUACAACGAUCCCUACGGCGUGGUCCUUGUGAUCGGAGCUUGGAACUAUCCUCUACAACUGCUGCUGUUACCCGUGAGUGGCGCGAUCGCAGCUGGUAACACUGUCAUCAUGAAGCCUAGUGAGCUAUCAGUGGCGUGCGCUAACUUCGUAGCCGAGAUGGUGCCCAAGUACUUAGAUAACGAUGCCUUCAUUGUAGUAGAAGGUGGUCCUAAGGAAACCACAGAACUUCUGCAGCAGAAGUUCGACUACAUCUUCUUUACUGGCGGAACCAGCAUCGGCAAGAUCAUCUACGAGGCAGCCACCAAGAACCUCACUCCAGUCACUCUGGAACUUGGAGGAAAGAGCCCGGUCUACAUCGACAACACGGGUGACAUCAUGAUAACCGCCAAGCGAGUGUUGUGGGGCAAGUUCAUCAACUCAGGUCAGACCUGCAUCGCUCCCGACUACAUCCUGUGCACCAAGGAGGUCCAGGACAAGUUUGUGGAGGCCGCCAAGAAGAUCCUCCGUGAGUGGUACGGCUCUGAUGCCCAGAAGUCAGCUGAUUUUUGCAGGAUUAUUAAUAACAGGCAUUUUAGCCGUCUACAAGCGAUAGUCGACGCAAGCAAAGACAAAAUAGCUAUCGGCGGGUCGUACGACGCUAACGACAAAUUCAUUGAACCCACAGUCCUUACCAACGUGACAGCUUCAGACAAAAUAAUGCAGGAUGAAAUCUUUGGACCCCUACUCCCCAUAGUAACUAUUGAGAAUGCUUACGAAGCAAUCAAAUUCAUUAACGAGCGGGAUCAUCCGCUAGUACUAUACGUGUUUAGCAAACAAAGCAACAUACAAAAGUUGUUUACUGAACAGACGCGAUCGGGCAGUAUCAGUAUGAAUGAUACUAUCAUGUUUUAUGGCGUUGAGACACUGCCUUUCGGCGGUGUGGGGGCCAGUGGAAUGGGCUCCUACCACGGCAAGAAGACCUUCGACACGUUCACGCACAAGAAGAGCUGUCUCAUCAAGAACUUCUCACCCAUUGGAGAGAAACUGGCUUCUGGCCGCUACCCACCGUACACCGACGCUAACCUGAACAUGAUCACGAUGCUAAUGAAGAAGCGGUUCGGCCCCUCUCUCAAGUUCUUGCCGUACGUACUUGCCUUCGCGCUGGGCGCCGGCCUGUCAUACGGCAUCUUCGCUUGGCAAAAGAUGGCCUCGGAGGAAUAAUUUGAAGCGACUGAAGUGGCAUCGUCUGGGAUCGCUGCGAAACUAUUGUGAUAAUGAUUUAAACUCCUACAGACACAAUUACUUUUAGUUAUAUAUAAAGAUAUGAUGAAUAAAGGAAAUAUAAGAUACGUUUAAAGUAUAGUGACAUUCUAAAACAUAUCAGGUACAAAGAAAACCGUUCUAGUGCGGGUCUAAGUCGCGCACAUAAAUACUCCUUCGUAAAAAAUUGUAUGUACUUACAAUAUUUGUAAUGCAAAAACCAGAAAUAAACAAAAACGCACUCUGUGAUAAAUUGAACUAUCCUACGUUAUAUCUAUGUAUAGUAUAUUGCAUAUACACAGAUGGAAACUCAGGUGUAGGACCUCCUUGCCACUCUUGGGGUACAGAAACAAUGAAAAUUUCAUUUUGUCGUGUUAAACGGUAAGAUUGGAAGUUUUUUUUUAAUGUUCGGAUUUGAUCUGUAGGAGUUUUACAUCCUGUGCCUUGUAUACAUGUGAUUUCACAACGCACUGUGAUUUUAAGCAAUAUAGUAAGGUAAUUUUUUUUUUUUAACUUUCUUUGUAAUUGUUCAUAAUCAAAAGAUGCAACCGCGUCAGUUCUGUUAAGGACUCUGGUUUGAUCCGAAACUAGUCGGUCAAUCCCGAUAAAUAAGCGUGAGUAAACCGUUGCAUCUUUUAAGAAUGUAGUAAAACUAUUUAUAAACACAACUUUUAGAUACUUUGACAAUGCCAUGACUUUAACUUAUACUACAAAAUGUGCAAUUUAUUAUCUUAGUUUAUAUAACAAUAUAAUAAGCAUUUAUUUUUAUACACUUUUAUUAGCCAAGCAUUUUUGUUUGGCAAGUAAUGUAUUGAAUGAUAGAAUGCGAUAUAAGAUUCAAAUCACUUGCCAAACAUGCUUGGCUCUUUUUUAUGCAUUCCGAUUGCUUGGUUAUUUUUCUCGGAACUCUAAUGCAUUUAAUAAAUCAUUUAAGAAGUCUAAUCACAAUGAUAUUUUUUUAAACAGGCAACACUUGUCACAAUUUUAACGUUUCUUUAUAUUCAGAAUUUAGGUGCUUUGUGUAAAGUUUGUUGUUAGAACUGCUUUGUGAUAAAACAAGAAAAUUAAUAUAUUUAUGUAUGCACGCGUUUUUAUCUCUAUGUUUAUGUAAAGCUAAAUAUUAUUGUUUUAAAUUAUGAAGUUUUAAUUAUUUUCAUAGCUAAGCAUUUUAUUGUAAGGUUGUUGGAUAAUACGUAUAUUUCUAAAUAAACAGGAAUAAUGAUUAAAUA